AUGGGCCCCAACGUCGGAAACGGCUUCAGCGGCAUGGAGAUGGGGCCUCCGAUGCAGGGUAACGGCCCCAACGUGCCGCAGGCUACCGAAUACACCCUGCAAGGCGUCAUGCGUUUCCUCCAGACCGAGUGGCACCGUCACGAGCGCGACAGGAACGCCUGGGAGAUUGAGAACCAGGAGAUGAGAUCCCGGAUAGCCAACCUCGAGGGCCAGGCACGACGCGCCGACGCCACGCAAAAGGUCCUGCGCAAAUACGUCGGCAUCCUCGAGCGCAAGGUCAAGGACCAGGCCGCCCAGCUCAAGGGCACGAGCCCAGCAGACGCCGACGCCGACGCCGAUGCUAAGAAGGAUCGCGCUGCGAAAAUCCAAGAAAAGCUACACGGAAAUCCAGAGAAGCAGACGGUCCCUGGUGUCGACGGAAUCGAAAUCGAGCGUACCGACGACGAAGCACACAGGCAGGAACUCAAGAGUUUCCUAGACCAGUGCCAAUCCGAAUUCAUGUAUCUCAUGAUUGCACCGGCAAAUCCUCUGCCCCCAAGGGACUCGCCGCCCCUCCCUAUGAUGGAGGAUUUGCGAGAGGUUGACCCCUACGGGCCCCAAGAGAUGCGACAAUUCCAAUUACCAUCACGACCUUCCCAGAAUCACGUCCAGGAAAUGAACGCAAGGCAAAACCCACCCACGACAGUUUCUAUGCAAGAUCCAACCUCCAACUUUAACCAGAAGCCGUCUGAGCCCCAUCCGCAGGUUGUGGUGCGCGCCGAGGAGCAGCCACAGUAUCGCACCGCCAAUGACUGGGCCCCUAUCUCCGUCUCGCUGAGAGCUGCCAACGACAGCGGCGCUGGCCCCUCGCAGACCGUCGAGGCGCUGGGCUCGAUGCAUGAACCCGAGAGCCGCCAGCGAACGCCUGCACCACCCCAAGACCCUGACGGGUGGGACUUUUCCGAAGGCGCGCUGCCCGAGACGGCCCAGUCCCAGACCCCCUCUACCUCGAACCGUCCGGACACAGACGUGUUCCCCCACGCAGAUUACCUGCCAAAGUCGCCUGGUCGACCCCCUGGCAGUCAGCGCAGAAAGAGCUCGCUGUCGAAGCGCCGCAGCAGUGAUCAAGACCUGAGCCUGUCCUCGCAGAAGGCGGACAGCGGCAACUUCAAACUGCGGUUCGGACUACGCGGCCAUCUCAACACGGUCCGCACUGUAAUAUUCUCCGGCGGCGGCAGUCCGGGUGAGCCCGAGAUUUGCACAGCCGGCGACGACGGCAUGAUCAAGCGAUUCCACAUCCCCCGACUCGACACCCAUACCGGCAUGGGCAAUGCCGCGUCCGAUCUCGACGUCAUUGCCAACUUUACGCAUCGCGGCCACCACGGCGCUGUCCUCUCCCUCACAUCGUGGUCGCCGUCGCCCAACUUUUCCACAGGUGGCCGCGCCCAAGGCGACGGCUGGAUCUUCUCUGGCGGCCAGGACUCAACCAUUCGUGUAUGGGAGCGUGGCCGAGUGGACCCCAAAGCCACGCUCGAGGGUCACACAGAUGCCGUGUGGGCUUUGUGCGUCCUUCCCGCGACGCUGGGCGCCAUAUUCGGCAACUCGAGUCAGUCAGGCACUCCGGACCGCAUACUGCUGGUAUCCGGCGCCGCGGACGGUUCCGUGCGCCUGUGGUCCGUAAGCGCCCCGCCGCAGCUCACCUCACCACAACCGGGCUCGAAUAGGGGCGUUGCCGGGCGCCGCGCACGCGGAAACUCGAUGAGCUCCGGCAGCAGCUUCCCCAACUCGCCGCAGCCCAGCACCGCAUCCAACUCUCCCUUCCACCAGACGCUGGUACACGUCAUUAACCGGUCCGACGGGUCGACGGCCAGCCCGACAAGUAUCGCGCCGCUGGGGCCGAUCGGAGACACGUUUGUCGUGUCUUACGCUGACGCUGCGGUGGUCGUCUACGACACGCGGACGGGUGAGCAGGUCGGGCAGAUGGACAGCAUGGAGACUUACGACGGCACGCAAAAGACGAGCGUCAACGCGGUCGUGGCGACGACGAUGGGGCUGGACCAGGCCAGCCAGCAUCACGGCAGCAACAUUAAUGAAGAUGAGACGGGCGGCGGCGGGCCUACGGGCGGGCGGUCCAUGGCCGGCAGCGGUGUCGAAGGCACCAUCAUCACAGGCCACGAGGACCGCUUCGUGCGAUUCUUUGAUGCCAACAGCGGCCAGUGCACCUACAACAUGCUCGCGCACCCCGACGCCAUCUCGAGCCUGUCGCUCAGCCCCGACGGGCGGGAGCUGGUCAGCGCGGGGCACGACGCGUCGCUGCGGUUCUGGAGCCUGGAGAAGCGCUCGUGCGUGCAGGAGAUUACGAGCCACCGCGUGAUGCGCGGCGAGGGCGUGUGCGCGUGCGUCUGGAGCCAGGACGGCAAGUGGGUGGUGAGCGGCGGCGGCGACGGCGUCGUCAAGGUAUUUGCGCGAUGA